GGACAAGUGUCAAGUAGCAGCGGGGAGAGGACUGGGAUUUAUGUUGAGAGGUUCAAGAUUGCGUUGGAUUGUUUUUUUGCGAUUUGGUUCGUGGUUGGCAACGUUUGGAUAUUUGGUGGACAUUCGGCAGCACACGACGCUCCAAAUUUGUACAGGUUAUGCAUCGUGUUGCUUACGUUCAGCUGCAUCGGAUAUGCGAUGCCUUUUAUUCUUUGCGCCACUAUUUGCUGCUGCUUGCCGUGCAUAAUUGCACUGUUGGGUUUUCGGGAGGACCAGAACCAGCCCCGAGGAGCCUCGCAAGAGGCGAUUGCUGCCCUGCCGACGUACAAGUUCAAAGCGAAGGCUUCGAACGAGUCAAAAUUAAAUAAGGAUGGCAAUGAUUCGGAUAGUGAGGGAGCAGGCGAGGGAGGGUGGGUGGCAGCUGGGACAGAGAAGGAAAGAUGGGUGUCCGCCGACGAUGCUGUGUGUUGCAUCUGCCUGGGCAAGUACAAGGACGGUGUGGAGUUGAGGGAGCUGGUGUGCACACAUCAUUUUCACGUGGAAUGUGUUGAUAAAUGGCUCAAGAUCAAUGCGUCUUGUCCGCUGUGCAAGUACGACAUUGGGGGUUCAGCGGAAGCAGGGGAUGCCACGUCGGUGGAGGCUGGCGGCGAUGGCAGAGAUCGGGCGGAAGGUCUGAACAAUGCAGCGGUGUCGUCAAGUUGACGUAGAGAGGGGGCGGGGUUGAAGGCAGAGUGAUGGUAGAUGAAGGCAAUAUCUGCAGCUAGCCGUUACCCAAAUGAGGAUGAGUGGAAUUUGGAGAAAGCAGCUAUUGCGUAGAUAGUGGUGCCAUGUUAUUCAGACAUCCUGUAAUUUCCGGCUUUAGGGAAGUUUUUCUGCCUGUGCCGGCUGGUCGAUGUACAUAUACCUGUAGUUGAGUGCGUGGGAGAGAGGGCGGGGGGGGGGGGGGUCCCUGUCAUGUGGUGGAAGCCUGGAAUUGACGGUUUUCCAUGUUCGGGGAGCUGGAGCAGGUCGCGGUCUCAUAUUGUGGAGAUCUGGGACAUGCCAGCUGAACGAUGUUCGCGAGAGCUUUGAGAGCUGAGUAGGUGAUUUAAAGAUGGAUUCAGUGUGUAUCGCGCGUUCGGAGCCCCAGAAGCUUCGGAUAGUGCCGUGUUUAUGUGAACGAGCUUGUGGAGCGAUGUAGCUUCUGAACCAAUGAUUGGUGGACGUAGCUGUGGAGCUGUGAGGAGGCAUGAGAAUGUGGAGGCAAGGGUUGUGCAAUUGAAGCCGGGCAUGUCGUAAAUUUCGAGUAGCUUGGUAGAGUUGUUCCGACGGGAGCAGAUGGCCAAGACUGCCCUGUCAGUCUCUUCACUGAAAGUCUGAAAGGGGCGAUUGGCGAUCGAUGAACAGUUGCAGUUAGCAGUCACAGUGGCAUCAUACGUACUGUUACGAGAAGGACUGUAACGGUAAGAAAUGUGCGAGGCGCAUGUAUUAGGUAGUUAUUGUAGAUGCCAAACGUGGAGGCGAUCAGUUGAUUAGGAGGUGGAUCGAGCGAGAACUGUGUGUUCGUGGUAGGGUGGCGUUAGGUUAGAUGACGAGGACGUAGGAAGAAUUAUUGGCUGCUUUAAGAGGUAGGUGCUAUGCAAUACAUUUUCUGACUACGCAAGUGUAGGUAAAGAUGUGUACACGUUUCUAUCCGUACAUGCUUAGAUUUAUUUCUGA